UUCUGAGAAACAGGAUCCCACUUUACCUGGAGAAAAUUCAAGAUGUUGUCUGGCAAAUGCAGAAUGAAUUACAAAAGCCAUUAGCAACUUUGAAGGACGCCUACUACGAUGUAACCUUGAAGCCACUGGAUGAAGUCUGGAAAGAGAAGACAGAAGAGCUCAUGAAGAAAAUCCAGGCUUUCUUACCCAAGAUUGUAAAAGAUGUGUGGUUAAUGGAACCAAUCCAGGUGGCAUUAAAGGUUGUGAAAGCAGGCUUGGAUAUGGCUACACAGCAGGUGCUCAGAUGGGCAGAUGCCACGUUUUCCAGAGCUGUGAGUAAGAUCCAGAAGCCCUUGCUGAACCUGUACAGUUUUUCACCCAGGAACUGUUCAGUGGCAGGAAAGCUGCCAGUACUGCCUACAGCAGACCUGUCCCUGCAGCUGGCAAAUGUUACCACUUACCUCAUUGGAGAAAAACUGAUGAGGCCUCUGCAAGACCUCUACAAUCUCAACAUACUUGCAGAAUACUAUAGGUUCAAACGGAGGAUGAUGGAGAGCCCCUUUGAAUAUCACGCUAUGUUAGUGGGGACCAAGCAUCUUGUGACUUUUGAUGGAAAAAUGUAUGAUUUGGAAUCGAAGUGCAGUGUACUUCUUGCCAAGGAUUUUGCUCACAAUGCUUUCACUGUAAUACUAAAUGAAGAAACUAGGAACUCAAGAUCACUGUAUGUGGAGAUGAACCAGACUGUGAUCACUAUCUACCCACAUCUAAAGAUAUCCAAGAUGUAUAACUUCUCCUCUGCGGAAGAGAACUGCCAAGUCCUGGAUCAAUCCCUUGAAAACAGUACCAUGAAUUCAAGGCGAGGAACCAACAAAAUCGAAGUAUCUGAUCAGAAAGGAGUUUCUGUCUCUUGUGACUUUCAGUACGAUCUCUGUACUAUCACUCUGGCUGGGUGGCAUCACGGUAUUUCAGCUGGGCUUUUUGGUACCAAUGAUAAUGAAGCUGGAAACGAAUGGAUGGUGCCUAAUGGUUCCUUCACUGACAACGUGCAAGAGUUCACACAGAGCUGGCAGGUGAGUAAGUGCAGUCUCGUACCAAAGAAAGAGAAGCCAUGUCCAAUUACAGCUAAGCAGAACAUCUGUAAAGUGUUCUUUGAAGAACCACAUUCACUUCUUGGGAACUGCUUCAAAGUUGUGGAGCCCGAGCCAUUCUACACCAUGUGUACACAGGACACCUGUGACUCCCCGGCCUUGGGGGCUGCCUGCACUUUAGCAGCAGCUUUUGUUCAUUUGUGCAACCGGAAUUUUGUCCCUGUGGAAGUCCCUCCACAGUGCUCGAGCCAGUUCUGAAGGGCAGAUAGCAGCCCUGAAGAUGGAAGAACCCUUUCAGCACCCAAAACAGAACAUUUAUUUUAGGGAGGCAAGAACAAAGAGAGAACAAUAGAAGUGUUAACUGUGAAUAUAAUGAAGUAUAUAU